ACUCACUUAGUACCUGAGAUCAAUUAAGUCUGUGAGUCCAUAGUCCUCAGGGCUCACUUUGGGAUUGGGCCAAAGUCUCCUCAGGAAGUGGUCCAGACUAGCCCAAAAAGCCUAGCUUUUAUCCAUCUUAGGCUCUGCCUCCUUCAUGGUGUGUGUCUUCACUUAUCAGUAGGAUCUAAUAAUAAAUGUUUGGAUGUAGUCCAGGUCUGGCUUUCUCAUGACGAUUGUUAAAGGAUGACGCGCAAGAAGACUACUGUUAUUGUUAACCAGACAUGUGUCUCAAAUUGUAUACUCUGAUUCAACAAUGUUUUACAGUGUUCAUAUUACUGAGACAUCUGUGUGUCUUAUCUUUUCUGCAGGUACAGAGCUGUGAGAGCCAGAGGUCAAUUCAUGACCUGUAUCUUACCUUUCACACAUCUUACACACUGCUCCAUUGUUUGUCUGCUCCUCUCGGCCCGAGAGUAAUCUUAUUCAGCUUAUUCAAUUUUCCCGGUGUUCGGUACGCCCUUCAAUUUUAUCUAACCAGAUGGUUUCUCACAGUCAGUACAACAAUACAACAAUGGCCAGUUAGAUUUAAAAGCCUCUACAUAUUAUUGACAAAAUAUAUCCUACAACGACUACAACUUAAAUCGAUAGCACAUUGUGGAUGUUGGCAAAAUAUAUUACAUGCAUGUGUGAAUUUUCUGUAUUUAAGAAAAGUUUCUCAUCCUUCAACACAUUUGAACGAUGUUCGGCCAUGUUUCUGCACGUCAGUUGUCAACGUGUCACCAACUAGGAAACUCUGUUAGCAAAAUCUAGCCCUAGUUUCCCACCUCUGAUUGACGCAUGAAGUGAUGCGAAUGAUGUUUUCACUGGGAAAAAUGUUUUUCCGACGCCCAUGAAUGCACGGUUGGGAAGGUUUGAGGAUUGGACUGCGGUCAGAUAAAAAAGGUGGAGACGCAGCAACGUCUGUCAGAAGAAGAAAGAAAGUUGCGGUCAUCUCAUUUGGACGAGGUAACAGGGAACCACAAUGACAACACUUGAUCUUUGGAACACCCUGGAGGAGCUGACAGAUGAUCAGUUCAAGCAGUUCAAGUGGUUACUGAAGCAGGAUGACAUCCCUAAAGGAUUCUCAGCUAUCCCAGUGGCCCGGCUGGAGGGGGCAGACAGGCAGGACACGGUGGAUCUGAUGGUUCAAAAAUAUCAGGGUCCUGGAGCUCUGGAGAUAACCAUGAAGAUUUUAGAGGAGAUAAGCAGGAAUGAUCUGGCACAGUGUUUGUUACAAACCAGCUCAAGACCGAAAGACCUCAAAAGCCAUAACUCUGUUUCUCUAAAUACUGAUUAUCGAAGAAAGAAGGCAAAGCUGGGGGAGACAAAGGCCGAAAUUAAACUGAUGAUCCAGGAGAGACAGAUGAAGAUCUGGGAAAUCAAUCGCUCAGCAAAGUUCAGCAGUAAAUCUGCAGACAGACAUAUCGCAGACAGUGUGCAGGCAUUUACUGUUUUGCAGCAGUCAGUCGAGAGAAGUCUGGCUAAUCUUAUCGAGGCAAUUGAAGAAAAGCGGGAAACGACACGGAAGCAGGCCGAAGGACUCAUUCAAGAGGUGGAGCAGGAGAUCUCUAUGCUGAAAAAUAGACUCGCUGAGGUGGAGCAGCUCUCACGCACCGAAGACCACCCUGACGUCCUGCAAAGCUUCUCUUCUAUGAAUGCUAUUCUACCCACCAAGAACUGGACAGAAAUCAGCGUCCCUCCACCAUCAUAUGGGGGAUCUGUGGGGACCUCUGUGAAUCAGCUGGUUGAAAUAGUUAUGCAAGAGAAGGAGAAAUUGAUUACUAAGGCCAAGUUGAACAGGGUCCAGCAGUUUGCAAAGGAUGUGACUCUAGAUCCUGAUACAGCAAAUCCCUACCUCAUUUUGUCUAACGAUGGCAAAGAAGUUUACUGUGGUGAUGUAGAACGCAUCCUCCCUGACAACCCAAAAAGAUUUAAUCCUGCUAUAAAUGUCUUGGGAAAGGAUCAUUUCUCCUCAGGAAGAUUUUAUUACGAGGUUUGGGUUAAAGGGAAGACUUCUUGGGAUUUAGGUGUCGUCAAAGAGUCAAUCAAAAGGCAGGGGUCUAUCUCAGCAAGCCCCGAGAACGGCUACUGGACUAUAUGUUUAAGGGAAGGUGAGAAGUACAAAGCCUUUGCUGCCUGUCUCAGUGUAAAAAGUCCCCCGAAGAAGGUGGGCGUGUUUGUGGAUUAUGAGAAGGGUUUAGUCUCCUUUUAUGACGUAGAUUCUGCAGACAUUAUCCACAGCUUUACAGACUGUUCCUUCACUGAGAGACUCUACCCAUUCUUCAGUCCCAGUCGUCAUUAUGAUGGUAAAAACUCCACCCCUCUGAUCAUUUCUCCUGUCAAUUACAUUGAUUAGAUUAGAUUAUGGUGUGGAAGUUUGGGGGAAAACCAAUAAAACAAUUACAAAUCCAAUUUUCUUACUGCAAAAGAGACCAAUCAGAAUUAUAAAUAGGGCAAAUUAUCGUGAAUCGGCAAAUCAGUUAUUUAUAAAUUUACAGGUACUUAAAUUUAGGGAACUUGUAGACCUUAAAAUAGCAUCUCUAAUGUACAAAGUAUUUAAUAGUAUGUUGCCCAACUGUAUCCAAAGGCUGUUUCAAUAAAGAGAAUGCCAUUAUGAACUGA